AAACAUUAUAUAUCAAUAAUAUAUAUAUAUUUAGUAAGAUUAUAGUAGUCCCCACAUAAUCACUCGUAAAAGCGGUCACACUGGCCGCCAAAAUGUCGUUGCCUUCGCAGUUUUUGAAGAAUUUGAAACGUUUCCGGCUCGUAACCUUCGACGUAACGGACACUCUGCUCCGCCUGGAGGACCCGCUGCGACAAUACCAUCAGACUGCCACGGAAUGUGGCCUCACCGGCCUGGAGCGCAACCAGCUGGAGGGAUGCUUCCGCCGGAGCUUUUCGUCCAUGAGCCGAGAGCAUCCGAAUUUUGGCCGACUCUCGCCGGGAUUGGGCUGGCAAAACUGGUGGCUGGAGCUGGUGGCCCGCACCUUCACCUGCGCCAGUCCAGGGGUGUCGCCCGAGCAGCUGGAGACGAUUGGCCGACGACUGAUUACCAUUUUCCGGACCAGCAAGUGCUGGGGUCACAUCGAGGGCGCCCAGGAGCUGGUGCAGUCCGUCCGUCAGGCCGGCAAGCAUGUGGGCGUGAUUUCCAACUUUGAUCCAUCGCUGCCCGAGGUCCUGGCCGCCAUGGGCUUCGCGGACAAGUUCGAUUUCGUCCUGACGUCGUACGAGGCGGGCGUCAUGAAGCCGGACACCGGCAUCUUCAGCAUCCCCCUGCAGAGACUCAACCUCCGGCCGGAACAGGCCCUGCACAUCGGCAACAAGAUGGACAUGGACUACACGGGGGCCAGGAACAGUGGCUGGAGCGGAUUGCUGAUAGCCGGCGACCGAACGGAUCUCGCCAAGCACUCGUUCAGCAGCCUGUCCGCCCUGCUGGAGGCUUUGGCGACGAAGGAGAUUACCUGGUGACCUCCAGAGGAGGUUCUUGAUUUCGAUGGCUGUUAGCUGACUUUAGUUUUUGUUGAAAUUAUAAGAAAUGUGAUUUAAAUUUGUAUUAUUUUGUUUUUCUUUUAAGGAGAAUAGUUAAAAAUAAAGCCAUAAGACUUCCAAGUUGUAA